AUGACGCACCGCACAACACACGACGCCGCGACGUCAAACGUCCUGGCCUGGUCCACACAAUGCGCAAACAUGCCCUCCACGGUAGAAGACGAGUCCGCUGACGUCGAUGAGCCUCCGGAAACGCAGUUGCCCGUCUCUCCCAUGGCCAGUAUGUUCAAGCGGAACCCAAUCCGACGCAACACCCUCGACCACAACGCCUCUCUGUUGACCAAGGCGCUUCACAGCCCUUCCGAAGAUGAGGACCCCGAAGCCCGCCCGGGUAUGUCCUUCUUCGCCCGCCGUCGCUCCAUGGCCAGCAAUAUCAGCCUGGCCUCUACCGCCGACCUGACGAGCGAUACUGGCUUGACCAGCCCGUCCCGCGCCAACACUCCCAGCCCUCCCCUGCCCGAAAUGCGUCUUCUGAACAUUAAUGACGAGCCCGCCAAGGAGGCGCCCAAGAAGCGCUGCAUCCAGUUUGCCUGCGCUGCAAAGCCCAACAAUCCUGUUGAGCCUAUCCGGAGCCAGCCCAUGGUGAAGGCGCCUUCGGCCCAGGAGCCUCAGCGAAGGUCUUGCAUCAAGUUCGCGUGCCCCAUCCCUCAACGCCCCGCGUCUACGCAGAACACCCCUCCCCAGCGAAUGGAGAUGGCCGCCGCAAGACUGCAAGCACCUGUCCCUGCAACAACUCGCAAGACGCGUUCCCGAUCCCCCAGGCCCACGCUUGCUCCUCCCCAUGUUGACGUUGUUGUCAAGUCCCCUACCACGAAAAAGUACAUUACCGCCAACCCCGCCGACUUGAGCAACGAGUCUUCUCAGUUCCACGAGUUCGCCAGCGACAUUCCCCGCGAGGAUGACUGGAUCCGUCAGGCCUUUUCCUCCCAAGGACGUCGCAUAACCAUCAACGACACUCUUCAGAAGGAGAACGCAAUCCGUAAGCUAGCUACUGAGGCUGAAGAGGAGGCAGAGGAAGAGGAGGCAGAAUUGGCAACCGCCAUUGACGAUGAUGAGGACCUCGACAACCUGGAUGACGCCGAUGAUGAUGAAGAUGAGGGACAGGAUGAGGAUGAGGAGGAUGACGAGGACGAUGCUUCUGACGAGGAUGACAACUCUGACGGUUAUAAGACAGAUGAGGAAACUGGAUUCGCUGAUUCUGAAGAGGAGGAGGAGGAAGACGACGACCUCCGCUUGUGGACCCCAGGUCGCUCUACCAGCCAGAACAUUGACAGCACUCCCAUCGCCCGCAGACCGUCCCUACCUGAACAGCUUUCGGACUCGUCCAUCGCCUCUCACAGCAGUCUCCGAGCUCGUCGUGGCCGGGCCCAGCGUAUCAAGAUCCGUCCUGGCACGCCCGAGCUUCCAGACAGCACCGACUUCGUCUGUGGCACUCUUGAUGAGGACAGGCCAAUGGAAGAUGCCUACAUGUCUUGCCUCGCCGCCCGCAGACGCGAGAAGCUUCAGCUGAUCCCUCAGGACAUUGAUCCGAGCUUCCCUGCAUCUGACCCUGAGGAUGAGGGCGAGGAAGAGAUCUACAACCCCGUUCACCACAGCAGUGAUGACGAGAUGUUCUUCCACGGAAAGAUGGAGGAUUUGCACCACAAGAACGACCGAAGCCGUCGCCAGAAGAAGCCUGAACACACUCCUCCCAAGCGCUUCCACUCUCCCCCGCCCAUCAAGCGCCGUGUCUCUCCGGCCCCCAAGGCUCGUGGCCGCUCCCCUCGCCGCCUCUUUGACGGUCCUUCACCCCGUCGCCUGAGGUCCCCGGCUCCUCAAAUGGUGAGGUCUCCUCCCGCUUCUCCUCGCAAUGGCCACGGCGCUAUUACUUUCAAGACCUUGGCCUCUCGCCCUGGUCUCACCGUUACCAAGUCUCUUCCUCGCCCGCCAUCCAUGUUCCCCCACAUGGUCAAGGGACGUCGCCCCAAGGCCCCCGCCAAUGAUCUUCACAUUCGCGGCGCGAUUGACAUUGUCAAGGGCUUGGAACGCAAGCGGCAGCGUCGCAAGGAAAAGUUUUACCAAAAGUACUGCAACCGCGCUCGCAAGGGACAAGUACCGGAGCGCAAACCCCAGCGCGGCCUCGGCUGCGAGCGUAUGAGGGAGCUGGGCUUGCUCAUGGCCGGCAAGAUCGACCAGGGCAACUACGUCCUCUCUGUUUAA